CACAGUCUGUUGCUUGCUGGGGCACCAAAUAGCAAGCAGCAGACAACGGGCUAGAUUUUUGUAGUCUUUUUUAAAAAUCUAUCUUGAGAAGGAUCUACCCUUCAAAGCCAAGAUGUCUCGAGGCUCAAUAGAGAUCCCAUUGAGGGACACGGAUGAGGUCAUUGAGCUCGACUUUGACCAGCUUCCUGAGGGAGACGAGGUCAUCAGCAUCUUGAAGCAGGAACAUACACAGCUGCACAUCUGGAUUGCUUUGGCAUUGGAGUAUUACAAACAGGGCAAGACAGAAGAUUUUGUGAAGCUUCUAGAAGCCGCACGUAUUGAUGGAAACCUCGACUACAGAGACCAUGAAAAGGACCAGAUGACCUGCUUAGACACCCUGGCUGCUUAUUAUGUUCAGCAAGCACGUAAAGAGAAAAACAAAGAUGCCAAAAAAGAGCUCAUCACCCAGGCCACUCUGCUCUAUACCAUGGCGGACAAAAUCAUCAUGUACGACCAGAACCAUUUGUUGGGAAGAGCUUGUUUCUGCCUGCUGGAAGGAGACAAGAUGGACCAGGCUGAUGCUCAGUUCCACUUUGUCCUUAACCAGUCUACAAACAACAUCCCCGCUUUGCUCGGAAAGGCCUGCAUCUCAUUCAAUAAAAAGGACUACAGAGGAGCACUGGCAUACUACAAAAAGGCUUUACGCACAAAUCCUGGCUGCCCAGCUGAGGUAAGGCUGGGGAUGGGCCAUUGCUUUGUCAAGCUCAACAAACUGGAGAAAGCUCGUUUGGCGUUCAGUCGCGCCCUGGAGCUGAAUUCAAAGUGUGUGGGAGCGCUCGUUGGUUUGGCGGUUUUGGAGCUCAACAACAAAGAGGCAGACUCCAUAAAGAACGGAGUCCAGCUCCUGUCACGGGCCUACACCAUCGACCCCAGCAACCCUAUGGUGCUUAACCACCUCGCCAACCACUUCUUCUUCAAAAAGGAUUACAGAAAAGUGCAGCAUCUGGCACUUCACGCUUUUCACAACACGGAAGUCGAGGCCAUGCAGGCUGAGAGCUGUUAUCAGCUAGCCCGCUCCUUUCACGUCCAGGAGGACUACGACCAGGCCUUCCAGUAUUACUACCAGGCCACUCAGUUUGCUUCAACUACCUUUGUGUUGCCCUUCUUUGGUCUGGGUCAGAUGUACGUUUAUCGACGAGACAAAGAAAACGCAGCACAGUGCUUUGAGAAAGUUCUGAAGGCCUAUCCGAACAACUACGAAACCAUGAAAAUCCUGGGGUCCCUCUAUGCAACGUCUGAUGAUCAAGACAAGAGGGAUAUUGCAAAAGGUCACCUCAAAAAGGUAACAGAGCAGUACCCAGAUGAUGUGGAGGCGUGGAUUGAGCUCGCCCAGAUCUUGGAGCAGACUGACAUCCAGGGCGCUCUGUCUGCUUACGGCACAGCCACUCGCAUCCUGCAGGAGACGGUGCAGGCCGACGUUCCCCCCGAAAUUCUCAACAACCUGGGCGCUCUGCACUUUAGACUGGGGAACCUGGGAGAAGCCAAGAAAUACUUCCUUGCAUCCUUGGAGAGAGCCAAAGCUGAAGGGGAGCAUGAUGAGCAUUAUUACAAUGCCAUUUCUGUGACCACUUCCUACAAUCUGGCCCGUUUGUAUGAGGCGAUGUGUGAAUUCCACGAAGCUGAGAAACUCUACAAAAACAUCCUCCGGGAGCAUCCCAAUUAUGUGGACUGUUAUUUGCGUCUUGGAGCAAUGGCUCGUGACAAAGGGAACUUCUACGAGGCCUCUGAUUGGUUCAAAGAAGCCCUGCAGAUCAAUCAGGAUCACCCGGAUGCCUGGUCCUUAAUCGGGAAUCUUCACUUGGCAAAACAAGAGUGGGGGCCGGGCCAAAAAAAGUUUGAGAGGAUUCUGAAGCAGCCGUCCACCCAGAACGACACCUACUCCAUGCUUGCUCUGGGAAACGUGUGGCUUCAGACCCUGCACCAGCCGACGAGGGACCGGGAAAAGGAAAAAAGACAUCAGGAUCGAGCCCUGGCAAUAUACAAGCAAGUCCUACGAAAUGAUGCGAAGAAUCUUCAUGCUGCUAACGGAAUUGGUGCCGUCCUUGCCCAUAAGGGUUAUUUCCGGGAGGCUCGUGACGUGUUUGCUCAGGUGAGGGAGGCCACGGCCGACAUCAGCGAUGUCUGGCUUAACCUGGCUCACAUUUACGUAGAGCAGAAGCAAUACAUCAGCGCCGUGCAAAUGUAUGAGAACUGCUUGAAGAAAUUUUACAAGUAUCAGAACACAGAGGUUCUGCUUUACCUGGCUAGAGCCUUGUUCAAAUGCGGAAAGCUCCAAGAGUGCAAGCAGAUUCUGCUGAAGGCCCGCCAUGUGGCUCCCAGUGAUACGGUGUUGAUGUUCAAUGUGGCGUUGGUCCUUCAGAGACUGGCCACUCUGGUGCUGAAAGAUGAGAAGAGCAACCUGAAGGCUGUACUCAGUGCGGUGAAAGAGCUUGAACUGGCUCACAGGUAUUUCAGUUAUCUCAGCAAGACUGGAGACAAGAUGAGGUUUGAUCUCGCCCUCGCUGCGUCUGAGGCUAGGCAGUGCUCGGAUCUGCUGAGUCAGGCCCAGUAUCACGUGGCGAGAGCCAGAAAGCAGGAUGAGGAGGAGAAGGAGCUCCGAGCCAAACAAGAACAGGAGAGGGACCUGCUCCGCCAACAGCUGUUAAAACAACAGGAGGAAAAGCGAAACAAAGAGGCAGAGGAGCAGAAGAAGCUCCUUGAACAGAGAGCUUUGUUCGUGGAGAAAACCAAAAACCUGCUCAGCUUUGCAGACGUUCCAAAAGAUGUGGCGAAGGAGAAGAAGAAGGGAGGAGGUGGCAGCGGACGUCGCAAGAAAGGAGACAUAGAUGACUUUGUAAACGAUGACUCCGAUGAAGAUUUGCCCUUGAAGAGGAAGAAGAAGAGGAAGGAAAGUGGCAGCGGCAGUGAACAGGAGGACAAUGAAGAUGGAGAAAGGAAAAAGAAGAAGAGGAGACCCCCCAAAGGCGGAGAUGAUAGCGAUGAAGAAGAAGGCGCACCUCGACCUAAAAAGCAGCGCAAACAUCAAGGAGGACGAAAGAAGAUGGAAAAGCUUCAGCCUGAGCGCAUGCCACCGUCUCUUAAGGGAAAGAUCAAGUCCAAGGCCAUCAUCUCUUCCUCUGAGUCUUCUUCAGACGAGGAUGGACUGAAGAUAGCAGAAGACAGACAACAAAGAGACAGCGGUUCAGGCUCCGACGACGAGGGCAGUAGCCACAGGAAACGCAUCAUGUCCGACAGCGAGGCAGGAAGCCCUCAGCGGUCUGCAGGCUCGGAGGACGACGAGUCCGGCAGUGACCGUCCAGUGAAGAGAAGGGUGCUGCGGCAGUCUGACUCGGAAGCGUCGGACAAUGAGAGCAAGAAGAGCCGGUCGGGAUCAGACGAUGAGUCGAGGGCCGGCUCACCUGCUGCAGCUUCAGACGGAGCAUCUGAGGCGGGAUCAGAUAAUGAGGGCUCCCCACGCCACUCUGACAACGACUCAAAGCAGGAGGGGUCCAACGAAGACAGUGACUAAAGACUCAAAACUAAGAUCUGGAUUGUUAUUUCCCAUCAAGAUCAAACGUGCAUUUAUGUUAAAGUUUAGGUAGUUACAUAUUCCCCACUGGAAAUAUAUAUUUUCUUUUUGAUGAAACUGUUUUUGGAUCAUGAAAAAACAGAAAAUGGAGAAAAUUCGGAGGAAUUAAAGUGCUGUAGAUCUGUUUAAUCAGGUCAAAAUAAAAGCUUUUGGUUUGUUA